GAAGGCAUGGCAGCAGGAAACCAUUGCACAGUGACUGAGUUCUUCUUGACUGGGCUCUCAGAGAAACCAAAACUCCAGAUGCCCCUUUUCCCUAUCUUCAUUGGAAUCUAUGUGGUCACUGUAACAGGGAAUCUGGGCAUGAUCACACUGAUUGUCCUCAGUUCCCACCUGCACAACCCCAUGUACUAUUUCCUCAGCAGUCUGUCCUUCAUUGACUUCUGUCAGUCCACUGUUGUGACUCCUAAAAUGCUGGUGAACUUUGUGAGAGAGAAGAAUCCUAUCUCCUACUCUGGAUGUAUGACUCAGCUCUAUUUCUUUAUCAUUUUUGGUGCUGCAGAGUGUCACACACUAGGUGUAAUGGCAUAUGACCGCUAUGUGGCCAUCCGUAACCCCUUGCUUUACAGUGUAACUAUGUCCUAUCAGAUUACUAGUUCCCUGAUUUUAGGAGUGUAUAUUUUUAGUGUGUUCAGUGCUUCAGUUCUCACAGGCUUCACGACAAAGAUUCAAUUCCAUGAAUCAGGUGUGAUCAACCACUAUUUCUGUGAUCUUCCUCCUCUCUUGAAGCUUGCAUGCUCUAAUACCUAUAUCAACGAAUUGUUGAUUCUAGUUUUUGGUACAUUUAACAUCUGUGUCCCAUUUCUCACCAUUAUUACUUCUUACAUCUCCAUUAUUGUCAGCAUCCUCAGGAUUAAAUCCAUAGAAGGCAGGUCCAAAGCCUUCAAUACCUGCAGUUCCCACAUCUCUGCUGUUGCUGUAUUCUAUGGUUCUGCUGCAUUCAUGUACUUACAACCAGGGAAUUCAAUGAACCAAGGGAAAGUGUCAUCCGUGUUUUAUACUACUGUUGUUCCCAUGCUGAACCCAUUGAUCUACAGUCUGAGGAAUAAGGAUGUCAGUGUUGCCUUGAAGAAAAUACUUCAAAGAAAAAAUUUCAUGUUUUAG